UAGCUAGAUGAUGUUAAUUUUGAAACGACGACGGUAUACUGCGGGUUUGUGUACAGAGUUCUGCGUGUGUCAGAGUUGAGAAAAUUUUGUGAAAUGAUAUGAAUAGUUUAACAUGGUUGCUAACAAGACAUACGUAUUUAUUUUAUUUUUAAGUUUAUCUUGUUCGAGAGCCGAUAUAUCGAAAAGGGCACUGAUAUUCCCACCGACAAGUUUGUACGGUACGUUCGUGGCGAUAGCCGUGCCGCUCGACAUUCCGGACAAAAAUGUAUUCGUUUCAUACAAUUUUGAAUCAAACUAUUCCGUUGUCACAAACAUCACGGAGCUUGACGAAGUCAUUUUCCCCAAUCUUCCCGUCAUAACCAGCCGCCAAAGCCGUAGUAUAACAAGAGAGUUGACGUACACCAUGUUGGAAACAAAAUUUAACGAACACGGGAUGAACGGCAAAGAAUGCUUGCUGCGAAAUAUAUGCGAGGCUGCGGAGACUCCGCUUUACCACAACGGGCUUCUGGGACAUAUUAUGCACAUUGUUUUCACACCAUCUGCUUCAAAGGAGGAAGGUUUGAGCGAUGAAUACUACGAGGCGGAGGCUGACGGUCUACGAGGAGAUUGCGAUAAAUACAUGGAUGACUGCCCAUUGAGCCUUUUUGACUUCAUAACACGGCUGGUCGAAUUACCACACAAUCAAUAAAUAUAUACAUCAGGAAAUUA